AUGGUACUCUCUCACGCCAAGAUCAUGUUUCGCAAGCUCCGUGGUAAUGCAGGUGGCAGCCGCAGCAGCGAGCCCGCACCAUCAGCACCGGCCACGACAGCAGAGAGCGAACCCGUUGACCCCCCUCGCGCCAUCCACAUCAGCGACGUCAAGCGCUCACCCACCAAAAUCCCCCGCAAGCCCGGUAUUGAGCCACAAUGCAUAACCGUCAUGAUCGCGAACGCCAAAGGCGCCGCCGACUGUUGGCAUCUCUGGAAUCUAUUCUCUCGAGAGACAGGAUGCGGCUGGGAAUUCGACCCGACACUGGAAGACAGCGGGACAGAUUACCUGUGCGACGGUUUCGUCUACGCCGUCCGCUUCCAGCCCCCGCCCACCGGCCCUUAUGCUAUCACAGCUAUCCUCGAGCUCAUGCAGCAUGUCUUCCUUGUCUUCUCGUACGACGCGUCGUCGAGGGAAUCGUGGGAUGAAAUGGUUACCGCCUAUGAGAAAGUGCGCAGCCGCUGCGACGGGGUCCUCCCCUUUCUUAAGACAAUGAUCGCCGCCAUGGGUGAGGGGGAAGGUGAAGGUGAAUGCGCCGUGUCCCACGCCGAAGCCGAGGCGUUUGCAACCCAGAAUGACUGUCUCUUUGCCAAGUUCUCGCCCGGAGCUGGGCGCGGCAUUUGCGAUGCGGUCGGCUCGCUGGUUGAGCUGGCGCACGGCGCUCGUGGCCAGUUUACCAUGGAUAAGGAGGGGCUUCCCCAGAGAGAAAAGAGGGCGAGGGCAAUGCAGACACUGUUUCCUAGCUAG